AUGACUCCUAUUAGCUUCACUACCGUACCUAAGAACCUUCUUGGGUACAACAUUUUUGACGGAGGCUCUUCGGCCUCCCAGAGUGUUCCCUUGGAUUUUGCUGGUUUUGUGUCAACCGAAGCCAAUGGCCCUAAAGUUGACAUUGAAAUCGGCAUCGACGAAGCCAGAGUGCCUCGCAGCCCUCCAGUUGACAGGCCUGUCAUCUUUUUCAACCAUCCAGGUAAGCUUGAUUAUUUCUUGCACACUUUCCGUCCUAUGGCAGUUGGUCCCACUGUUCCAGUCUACGCAGUAGUUGUCAGAGCUACUCAAUGGGGCACCCACCAGCUCCACAGUGGCCCUCAUGCCAUUAACGUGCCAGGGGAGUUUGCUAACUUCCUUUCGCCUUACCCAAAGGCCAAUUUUUUUGACCCUUUGCUCCUGGGACCAGUUGUUGACCCGGUCUUGUUCCAGUACAUGGCCAGGUAUGGACCACCUCCACCACCACCUCAACAGCAGCCUCAGUACGCCCAGUACGCCCAGCCAUGCCCUCAGCCUCAGGGUCCUCAUAUGCCUCAGGGCCCUCAAGGUCCCCAUAUGCCUCAUGGUCCUCAUGGUCCUCAUGGCCCUCAGAUGCCUCAUGGCCCUCAUGGCCCUCAGGGUCCCCAUGGUCCUCAGAUGCCUCAUAUGCCUCAGGGUCCUCAUAUGCCUCAUGGUCCUCAUGGUCCUCAUAUGCCUCAGAUGCCUCAGAUGCCUCAGAUGCCUCAGCAGCAUCAACCUCAAGCUCAGCAGGCCGAGAUGCCUCAACAGCCUGAGGCUUCCCAUGCCUAUGGCCCUCCUCCAGGUCUUUCCAAGGCCCCACAGUCUGCCGCUGCCCAGCCCGUGGCCACUCCUGUUGACUACCCUAUGGCCAGCUCCACUCCCGAGCCUCAACCUCUUGCUCAGUCUACCGAGCCUCCAAAGCCCCAGGCGCCCGUUUGCCAGGAACCCAAGGCGGAAGCUCCAGCGCCAGCUCCAGCUCCAGCGCCCGUUGUAGCUGAGUCAGACGAGAGUAUCCCUACGCCUAACACGCUGAAGGGAGAGCUGGAUGGUCCUUCGAUGGAGGAGGCUUCUGACGAGCCUCUCCAGAAACCUUCUGCACCUUCUAAGAGAGCCCAGAAACAGGCCGCUAAGAGAAGAGCCAGGAAGGCAAGAAAGCAGUCCAAGAAGGCGUUCAGAGAAAGCAAGAGACUCUCUAGCGUCGCCGACACCCAGGCUAAGAGUGACGUCGCAGAGGCUGCAAAAAUGACCAAUGAGUGCAAUCUUCCCACUUCUCCACUUCCUACUCCCAGUGUCCCUGACACUAAAGAAGUCGAAGAAGCAGUGGAAGCCACUCCCGAACCUGCCGACCAGGUGGGCCAGUUGUCUCAUUACCACCACUUCAUGAACCUCUUCAAGUUCUUCGAGUACCUUCCCAUGUACUUGGAAAAUGAGAAUGAGAAGAUGACGGUGGAUGACAAGAAGGAACACACCAUCCCAGUGUCUAUUCCUCCUAUCGUCAGACAACAUUUCGCCACCGUGGAACUCACUGGAUGUGCCAUUAAGUUCUGGAAGCCGUUGCCCAACGCUUCUGUUGUUCAAGAAACCACUCCCUCUGAGGCCCUUCUCAACCUCCAGGUGAGUACCUUUUCUUACCACCACCACUUCCAGCGGUUCCACAAGUUCAUCGGGUACCUCGAAAGCUACGUUAAGGAGCACAGUUACCCCUGCGCUGCUCCCGUCGAGGUUCCAAAGUCUCCCGCUUCCACGCUUGUGCCUUCUCCAGUCUCUAAGUUGACUCAGAGACCCAAAGUUCUUAAGGUUUUCGUUUACGGACCUUCCAAAGCCAAGCUCAGAAGACAGAGAACUGCUCAUGCCAGAAGAAACAGAGAAAUGCCCAACCCUAACUCUUGGUAUAUUAGGAUUGAGCGGCCUUUUGCCACCUCUGCUGCCAUGAGCCUUCCACAACCAGCUGCUGACUGGGUUUAUUAG